GUAACACAAUUGAAGCGACAAAUAGAAGAACAAACCAACAAAAUAUGGACACUUUACGAGUCAUACAUACAAGCAAUUCAAUCAUCACCAGAAAACAAAUCAUACGAAGAGGCAUUCAAUAAGUACUGGGAAGAAAAAGAUGGAGAAACAAAAUUGUCGCUUGCCACAAAUAUUGCACAACAACUUGACAAAAGAGCAACCGAACUAGAAUGCCAAGACAUAGCUAUCAAACUUACACAAAACAAUUCAACAAACCAAAACGCUAACACUCAAGAGACAUUAAUUCAACCAUUAAACUCCUUAGCUCUUGAACAACGACUGCUUAACAGUGAACUAAAAAUUCCAGAAUUCAACGGCAAUCCAGCCGAGUUUGGACCCUUCUGGGAAUUAUUCGAAGAAUUAGUACACAAGCAACCAUACUCCAACAUAGGCAAACUAUCAAUUCUCCUGAGCUGUUGCAAAGGAGAUGCAGCACGAUCACUACGAAUGAUUCCUCGAACAGGAGACGCAUACGAAAGAGCAAUACAACAGCUCAAGAACCAGUACGAAGACCCCAAAAGAAUUACCAUACAAAUGAUCCGUCAGCUUAAAUCAAUGAAAGUAUGUCAUGAUGACCCACGAACCCUACGAAACAACUUAAGCGAUAUACAAGCCAUAAUAGCCACAAUACAAAAACAAGGAGAAGUAGUAGAUUCAACCUACAUGACAACAAUGGUACUCGAAACAUUCCCUAGAAAUAUUCAAGAAGAGAUCGCGCGAAAAGAAUUUGACAACGGUACAGAGUGGACUAUGAACGACCUUAUUGACAACCUGACAAACAUUAUCAAACGUAAGGAACAUAUCGAGAGUCGUAACGAACAUAUUCGUGAACAACACACCCUCCUCUACACAAGAACACAUGAAACGCUGCCACUCCGUUGCAUUGGAUGUGGUCGCUCUCAUAAAUUCGACACAUGCAAUAAAUUUGACACUAUUCAGCAGAAAAUAGGACACCUUAAAAGUAUCGGCGCAUGCUGGAAAUGUUUCAACACACGACACAAAACAAUAUCCUGCAACAGACCAGACUGCCCUCAUUGUGGCGGCCAUCACAAUCCUAUCAUAUGCCUACGUAAAUCGCCAACAACAAGAGCAACCCAACCGAUUCAAACCUCCCGCAAACGCUUCAACCAGAGACCACUUACAUUAAGUAACAGUAAUAAGCGACGACCAUCAAAUUACUAUAAACCUCCACGUUUUUCACGUUUCCGUUCCCUCACGCCAGACACCAAUACCCUACAACAAAAUCGACGCCAGUGGCGAGGCUCGUCACUAUCGCCAAUUAGACUCAACCAAGAAGAACAACGCCGCCGAAGGAAUUCUUCACCCUUCAACCAAACCAGCGAAAACCUUCACUCACCAUUCAGGCAAACUCAACAAGUACACGACUUACCAAUAAGACAACGUCAACACAUUAGUCAAUCCCCUUUAAGGUCACCCAAACGAGUACCAGCGAACAGAGUCAAAUUCGCUCCAUUACCAUAUACUCCCAACACAACGCAUAUCAAUUUCCAAACAGCUGUUCAUCAACUCUCCAACAUUGCCAAACAACAAAUAAAGCCUAACUUUUCUAAUCACAACAAAAGCAAUAUUAAAGCUCGAUUAAUGCACAACGCCUACAACUCAUACCCCACUUCGAAACCACCAUCAUUGUCAACACAUUUGGUGGCCACGCAGAAAGGAAACAUGUAA